AUGAAUAUCCUACAAGACCAGGUGUUUGCCAAAUCCCGUGAAGUUCUUAUAGCGAAGAAACGAGAGCUUGUCCAACAACACGCCGAAGGAAACGGACCACAAGCUUGUCGAGAGUUGACGACGGCAGAGGAAGACAAGUUCUUCGAGUUGGGUUUGCUCGGAAAACACGACCCAGAAGUUCUCCAGAAGACCGUUUGUUGGGCCCUUUCUCUUCAUUUCGGCUUUCGAACGCGUGACGAGUCGAGAAAACUAAAGUGGGGAGACGUAUCCAUCAGUAAAGACCCGAAAACAAGCAGCGAAUUGUUGUUGUGGAAAGCUGAACGAGGUUCAAAGACCAGGCACGGCGACGGGCAACAUCAGAGAGCCUUUUAUCCCACAGCUCAAGCAACCCACAACGAACGUUGUCGUGUUCAGUUAUAUCGUGCAUUUUCGCAGCAUCAACCAGAUGAAAUGAAACAGUCGGACUCUUCAUUCUUCCUGGCUAUUAACCACCGUCGCCAGCCAGGUUCUCAGAUCUGGUAUAACAAAGCUCCACUCGGAAAAAAAACGAAAUUGGCAAGUUUCUUUCGAAGGCUGCGAAAGCUGCUAAAUUGCCUGGUAACAACACAAACCACUCGGUGA